AUGCGAGCCCGGUUUCUGUUGAUGUUCUUGGUCCAAGGAGCCAUGGCCGCCGAGUCCAUUGUAAGUGGGGCGGGAUUUUUUCAGAAAGACUUCAUAUUUCGGGGUGAUGACGCUACUGUUAGCAGUAUUAUAUUGUUUUACAAUUUUUUUGUGUAUGCUCUUCUUUACUGCAACACAUUUUUUGGCCAUUAUUUGUUAUACUUUCUACAUACAGUCUUCCCAUCUACCUUUGAGGCGUAUAAUUUUAUGCCCCUGUAAAGCUAUAUUUACAGCGGCAACUUUGGGUUAAAAGAAUCUCCAGACGGUCGAGUUUUUCUAUAACCAGCAUAUUACAUAUCUAAUUCAAUGUCUCCUUUUUUUGGGCAUGUUAUAAGAUUGCUGUAGUAAAAAUCUUGAGUUUAAUUACUAGUGUCAUGCAAUACAUUUUUAUGGCUUAUGAUAUUUUGCUUGUUUAGGAGUCCUCAUCAUCAUCAGAACGUUGCGAACUUCCAGUAAAUUUCCAAAGCCUUCCAAUUUUUGCCCAAGACGAAAUCAGAGCUGUCUGGUAAGUUCAUUCUUUUACAACAUAACGCAAACUUUCUCAGGAAAAACUACGUUCCCGGUCAGAGCUGUAAAAAAGAGGUCCUAAUCACCGAAGAUAUCCUCUCUGUGCUUGAGAUGUUCGACAAAGAGCUCACUAUUGACAAGGAUUUCCUCUCAUCCGGCAGUAAAUUCAACCAUUUUACAACAAAUCCAUUGGGGAAAAAUUCCAACGAAAAACCGCCGGAUGACGUGGCUGUAACGACUUGGAUCUGGUCAUCAACUGAAGCUCCAAGCACAUCGACCGAGUUCCUUGUACGGACAACAACACAGUUGCCAGUUCUAUGGCAAAAAGUUAAGAAAGAUGAAGCGCCAAGUGCGGAGCUAGGAUUCCCAACUUUAGUGCCAUUCAUUAAUCAAAAACUGAUUGUGAGCGAAUCUUCAGAGAGUUUUGAGGCAACUACAACUCCAACUACUACUACAACUUUCAGUUGGUUGACUAGCACUACUAGUACGGAAAUUCCAACAACUUUUUCAACAACAACUUUGUCUGAUGAGCGUGUGACUCAAUGGAUUGAUGCUUUUGAUCGUUCACACCAAGACCAUGGCCAUGUUGAGCCGCAAAACAGCAGUGGUGAUGACAAAUCAAUAGAUGACCAGUCAAAACAACUGGAGGAGCGUGAUGCAAGAGGGCAUCAACAUGAAUAUCCGGGUCAAUUAAUUCGAAGGCCAUUAAAGACAAGGGUUAAUUUCCAUGAAUAUCAAGAUUAUGAAGAGAUUCUUCGAGAAGAAGCGAGAAGAGAGCAGCAGGAUGCAGCUCGAAAACGGAAAGUAAGCGGAACAGACUCUAUAGUUUAUUAUGAUCGUCGUAAGACGGAUGUCUAAGGUGAUCAUGACGAGCUUAUAUUUUUUAAAGAUGGUCACAAAACAUCUUUUGUAGUUGAAAGUGUUUUAUGAUCUUGUUCUUGUAGGAAAUCGGAAACGACAAGUUCUUUGAGCCCAUCGAUUCCGCGUUACCAUUCCUUCGCGGAGCCAGCCCUCGGGUUCAGCAGGUUUUCAAGGAGGUUUUGAAUGAUCCGGAUGUCUUGUCUGAAGGACGACGGCAAGAUGAGGUGAGUCAAAAGCAAUCAAAUGAGAUAUAUAAAUUUUUCAGUCAUCGUUUAUCAGUUACAUUCUUAUUUCCAGCUGCAUGUCCUAGCUGUCUCCUACUUAGAGCCCGAGCAACUAGAAGCCUAUAACAAUUGGGCAUUUGCUCGUAGGAAACGCAUCAUUCAACGAGAAGAACAACUGUACCCUCUUUCCAGGCCCGCUAGAACGGCGUUGAAAGACUUGUCGCUAACGGCGGCACAAAGUCGAAUGCGCAAAGUCAAGGAGUUGGAUUCAGAGAUCCGCGAAGAACUCAAGGAUUAUGCAAUUCGAUUACGAGAGGAGCGGCAUUGA